AGCUUAUCCAACCAAGCGAUCUUCGUCUUCUCAGCUAAUCCACCUUGCCUAGUCUCACAAGUUAAGUGGGUUGAGCAGGCAGAUCGGGCCAUUUUAAAUCCAUCCUGCCCUUCAAAUUUUAAAUCAGAACCAUCGUUCGCCCUAAUAACUCGUGCACAAUGGCCUUGUGCAAAAUAACAUCAUUCUUUGUGCUUAUCCUUUCUCCUCUUUAUCUCCUUGGGUCCUAUUUCACAACAAAGAGCAAACAAUAAACUCUGACGAUCUCACCCCCUCGUGCACAAUAUCCUUUCUCUCACUCUCGUUCUCGCUCCCAAUCUCACUCUCUCUGCAAUUUCGCUCUUUCGAUCUCACCCUCGCUCCCGAUCUCACUCUCUCUGCAAUCUCGCUCUCCCGAUUCAUGGAGUGGCUCUUUCUUCCCUCUUGAUUCAGGGCUUUGGAUUGAGGAAUUGACAUACAAUAAUAUUUCAGCCCACUGUUAAGAGCUUGGGCUAGUGGGCUGACUGACUGGCCCGGCCCAUAUACAAUUCGCGAAAGUUCUUUACUGAAGUCGCCUACUUGGUCUCUUGCUCUAUGCUGUAAAGUGUAAACUGUAGUUUCUUCUUGUUUGUUCAAUUCAUCAUCAUCAGCACACGAUGGAUUUCCAGGGAUUCUUAACUGACUUGCAGGAUUGGGAAGUUUCUACAAAGGACAACAAGGCGCGCAAAUCCAAGUCACAAAAGGAAAAUGUUGGGCUCAUCUUCAAAAGGAGAUGCUAUUUCGUCUGAUCACACGAGGAUUUCUUCAGGGCAGUAUGGUUUCCCGAGAAAUAAUGAUGCCCUCACUCGUCUCCAGAGUACUUUUGUUCCGGAAGAUGUUCCUGAUGCGGCUUCUGAGAAAGAUCUGGGUAAUGAGUUUUUCAAACAGAAGAAGUUUAAGGAAGCUAUUGACUGCUACUCAAGGAGCAUUGCUUUAUCUCCAACAGCUGUAGCAUAUGCAAAUAGGGCAAUGGCCUUGAUCAAGCUCAGAAGAUUCCAAGAGGCUGAGGAUGACUGUACAGAGGCCUUAAAUCUCGAUGACCGUUACAUAAAAGCAUACUCGCGCCGAGCAACGGCUAGAAAAGAAGUUGGGAAGUUUAAAGGAUCCAUGGAGGAUGCUGACUUUGCCUUGAGGUUGGAACCUAACAAUCAAGAAAUCAAGAAACAGUAUGCUGAUGCUAAGUCUUUGUAUGAUAAUGAAAAUCUUCGGAAAGUAUCUGGAGCACUAAGAAGUACUGUACAGGGAACUCAAAAAGUGGGAAAGUCAGAGACAAAAGUUAAUGGAGGCAGCAUCCCCUCCAUUUCACAUGUUACUCAAAAGUCAGGGCCAGCUGAAGUUCAUCAAACAAAGGGCAAUGAGAGGCAAGUCCCUGCUAAAGAAUCACUCUUAAUGGAGAUUGAUAACAGGGACACAAAAGCCAGAAACAGCACUCAAGGACAAGGGAAUGGUUCUAAGGAAGGUUCUACUUCAAGUAACAGUUUGGAGCAGGUUAAGAGAAAUCACAGAGCUAGAAAGCCCGAAAUAAAAGCGUCUGUUCAAGAGCUUGCUUCUCGUGCGGCUUCUCGAGCCUUGGCCGAAGCUGCCAAAAACAUAACACCACCAACUACAGCUUAUCAGUUUGAGGUCUCUUGGAAAGGGUUUUCAGGUGAUCUUGUUUUGCAGACUCGACUGUUGAAGGCCACGUCCCCCCCUGAAUUACCAAAAAUAUUAAAAAAUGCCUUAUCAUCUACCCUGCUCAUUGAGAUCAUCAAGUGUGUUGCUUCCUUUUUCACUGAAGACAUGGAUUUGGCUGUCAGUUUUAUGGAGAAUUUGACCAAAGUUCCGAGAUUUGACAUGAUUGCAAUGUGCCUUCCAUCAGCAGAUAAGAAUGAUUUAUGCAAGAUCUGGGAUGAAGUGUUUUGUAAUGAGGCAACUCCAAUGGAGUAUGCAGAGAUUCUGGACAACCUCCGUUCAAAAUUCUACCUCGGACAAUGACAUAUCCAGUUGUAUGUUUCAUUUCUUUUUUUGUUCAGAGAUGUUCACUAGUAAAUUAUUAUGCUAUUAAAAGUUUAGCAUUAUCGUCUCUCAA